UAUAGUUUUUUCGCCGAAACUGUCUGCUGGCAAGCUGAUGGACUUCACAGAGUUCAACAGAAAGCUGUCGUCCAGUGAACUUUCCCAGUUUGCUUUUCAAGGAUAGGUUCGAGGAGUGUGCCGCAACAGUUAAUUGAGCUGGCGAAAUCCUGCAAGAUUUAGCAGCGAACAGCAUAGAGAUGAAGCACAAGAAAUCCGCGAAAAAGGCGAACACCAAUCUAACACAUAUAUAUUUGAACGAUAAAAAUAUUACCCAAAUCGCGAACAUCUACCCUACCAAACGGAUUCUUGUCCUGUAUCUACACAACAAUCAAAUUUCCCGGAUCGAAAAACUGGGAGGGUUCACGCACCUGACCCAUCUCUAUCUACAGUGGAACAACAUUAGGAAGAUUGAGAAUUUGGAUGGUUUGAAAAACUUAAAACAACUGUACCUGGGAUACAAUAAAAUCGCAAAGCUGGAGAAUUUGGGAAAUUUGAAGAAGCUGGAACAGAUUCACAUCGAGCGGCAGUUGUUGGACGGAGCGGCACGGUUUGAUUUCGACGAAGACUGCAUGAAAGCGCUGGCGAACCACCUGAAAGUUUUGAACAUCAAAAAACUGAAACUCACCCACAUGAGCGCUCUGGAACCAUUAUGGAAGCUGGAAGUUUUACUUGCUUCGGAGAACAAUUUCAAAUCGACAGACGACAUCACCCCGGUUAUAAGUGCUCUCUACUCGUUGCGAGUUCUCGAUUUGCAGGGUUGCGUAGCUCAGAAAGACGUACACUAUAGGGAAAAGGUCACGGCCGCCGCCGGUCACAAAUUACUACUUCUGGACGGCAAAAUGAUCUCCCAAUCGACGCGCAACUUCAUCAAAAACUUCCAAACCAUCAAGCAGGAGAAAAAGCGCCGAGAACUGGCUGCCAACGGGGAAGAGAAAGCCAAAACCGCCGACAACAGCAAGUGUUCGCUGGACAGCAGCAUCGGCAGCGAGGGUACCUUCGCCGCCGGUGGUGGACACAUCCGUGGCCACUUUCCGACGAACUCGCUAUUCCAGGUGACUCCGCGGCGUCCGGUGUGUCCAAGGAUUCCACGUAAACCGGUCGUUCGGUCGCCGGUGCUGCUCAAAACUAUGUCGGCCCACUUCGGCGAUGAGAUGUUUGGACGGGCUGAGAUCAGGGGAUUGGAUGCGGGCCUGGUGAUGUCGGAGCGGGGCACUCUGAGCAACAAUAACGGUGUGAUGCUGCAGGGGAAGGUCAUGAAGGCAGAAGUUCCGGUGUUCAAGGACAAGAUCCGGGUUCAGAGGAAGGUGCAAUCGUUGCCGUCGAUCGAUUGAGGCAGGGCGGUAGGGGUGUUCGCGGGGGUGUGACUUUUUCGAUUAGUUUUUAGCUAGCUGUGGUUUGACAGGAUUUUUGGCGAUAAAUAAUACAAAAUUAGUGGAAAACAA